GCUGCUGAAUGUAAGCUGGACAAUACACAGAUGUGUGUGCAAGAAUGAGUUAGGCUGUUCCAGUACUGUAAAACUUCGUAGCUCUUCUUGCACCAGCCGCCUCCCGUGAAACAGUGUCCCGCGUUCUUUGAGUAGACUUGCUUUUUCUAAAUUCCCUUACGAAUUUCUUAGCCACCAUCUCACAGCAGAACUCCAAAAAAAUCCCCUACCAAUUCCACGGUAAGAAUUUUGGGGUUAAAUUCACUCCAACAAAUCACUUCGCAGUCAGGUCUCCCGAAGAAAAUCAGACGUCGUGCACACUCAUUGAUAUUAAAUGGUGUUUUUGUUGUAAUUUGGUGAGAUAUUUUCUCCAUUUCAGAUUUCAACUGCCACAGCCGUUUACACAGUGUCAGCUGUGCAAUAUUGGCAGGAACAGUGAAAAGUAGUGUUUUGUGUAUGGUGAUUCGAAGAACAUAAUUUACAUUGGGCUGAGUUCAACAGCAGAGGAUAUAGCAUUCUACGUUGAAAGCUACAGAAAAUAUUGAAACGCUUCUUGCAAAGACAAACAUAGACCUUUCAUUCCAAACAAUUUCCCUCGGAUGAAUAUUUCAUUUUCACUUGGUUAUUCUUAUGGAAACAUGGCCAAUUCGACCAGCUCUCAGCUGGAUCUUGCUGUGGAUUUAAGAAAUCCUCCUUGUCUGAGAAGUCCAUUUCAGGUUUUCCUGUUGAUGAUAGCUGGUUACUGAGCCGGGUGUGCGCGACAUUUGGAAAGAAAUCCUGUUCAGACAGGGUGCGAGGACUCGCUGUAUAUUUCUUCAACUUGCAGUCGAAUUGUUUCGUGCGCUGACUUCCUCUUGACAGCUGACGUGAUGUAUCCGAGGUACUCUCAUUCACUUACUUCCUGCAGCUAGACUUGCACUGUUUUCAGAGAUGUGAACACACAAGAGGAAGUCUGAAGUUUGUUUCUGUCUGAAGCAAAUCCUCACAGUUCUUGGACAUGGACUCACUGGCAGCAACCUUCCAAUCAGAAGACUGAAGCAUAGUAAAAGAAAGUGAAGCUCAUGUUGCUGAAAUUUAUGAUCCAUUUACAUAAUGAACUUUGAUCACACAUAAUUGGUUUGAAUGUUGUCGGUGAAGCCUGUAAAAUUCGAAGAAGCUGUGUGGUGGCAUGUGUUUUCUGUAACGCCACCACACCCAGCCUUUACCCUGUUUGAUGCAUAACAGAAUGAAGGGAGUGAUGGCUGAUAACCUGGACCUCAGUUUCCUCACAGAAGAUGAGUAUCAGGCAGUCCUGAAGGUAGUUCAGAGGGAUUCUGAGCUCAAGCAAAAGGACUGUGAACGGAUUAGGACGGUACAGCAAUCCAUUCAAGAUGAAAAGCAAAGGAAACUUGUUACUGGACAGUGGUUCGAUGAGGUUAAAGCAAAACGAUACAGAGAUGCUUUACUUGGAGUGGAUUUGAUCAAGGCCUCGAUAAGAAGAGAAAGUCUCAUUAAGCAUGAGACUACUGAAAAGACUGAACAACAGCAAAUCCAUCAGAGUCCACCACGUGCCCAACCAAAACCACCUCAAGCUGCAAGAAGUGAAAAUAGAAGCUUUGCAACUGAUGAAGCUCCUAAAGAACGGCCAGGUGAUGUGGAAAAAAUCCUAACAAAACAACAAAUUAAACCAAGGUCAACAGUCAGACAAGAUAGUCAGCGGACGCAACAAAAUGAUUCUUGGGAAAGCAGUAGUGAUGACUCCAAUACUGUACGCGUUUCUCCAGAAACACUUGAAAAGGGUCAGUACAGAUCUGCAGUCUCUAGAGCAGAAACUGCUGCUGGUGGACAGGUUCCAGGCCCAACAAAGCAUGACAAUGUUGCAUAUACCCCUGAAGACACCACAGAAGCCCACAUGUCUACUGAGAUUAGGAAGCCAACAUCUGCUUCAGUUGAAUACAGUGCCCAGGUUCCAAGAGUGCAGAAUCAUUUAGUGCUGACAGAACAGGCACAGAAGACUCCAGAAGAGUCUGAGCACAGUAAUCUGAAUGAUCAUGGACUUUUCACAGCUACAGCUGUAGUAUCCCCAGUGCAGGAGAACAUCCGGGACGUGCAGAAACCAAAGAAGACAGUGGCCGUUCAUUAUAAGGGCGCACCGACUUACCAGGCCUCAGCAACCAGUGACAAAAAGAAAACAGUUACCCCAGGCAUUUCCCACAUUCCAAAAUGGAAGAACCAAGUCAAGAAAAGUGAAGAAGUAACCUCUGAGAAUCCUGAAGAUGUAACAUCUGAGCAGGGUCCACAAGUUUCGUCUCCAACCAUUGCUACUGAAGACCAACAAACACAUCAACCAUUGGAAAGACCGGAUCUAUCACCAACCUCACAAUUUCCAAGGCUUAAGAGUACCUUAGAAACAACAGGUGAAAAUUCACAUUCAUGUGUUGAAGAUCUGAAGCGAUCAAGUAAAGCUAUGCCAGGUAAGAACAGAGCUGCUCAGGUGACUGACCAAGGAAAGACUGCCUUGCAACCUACUCCCAGAAUAGCUCAGUAUCAGACGUCCUCUUCUGAUGAUGAGGAAGAGAAAAGUCAUAAGCCAGGUGCUGUUUUCACCAUAAGCGCCUUGGGUAAUAAGCAUUCUGAAGAAGAAGUACUCACUGAUCCCAGCCAUUUUAAAAACCUGAAGCAUUUUUGGGAAAAAGGAAUUGAUUCCAAUAAAGGAAACAACGCUACUUCCACAAUUCCAUUCAGAAAAGUUAGAUCACCAGAUCAUAGAAGCAGCCUGACUGAAAUGAAACAUUUUACAGAGGCUGAGUCAAAGUCCAGGGAAAGUCUCCCAACCAGUGACUCGUCGAAACUGGAACUUCGCAAAAGAUUGUCAGGUCCUUAUUCCUCUGAGGAAGAGGAAAAAGUCACCCAAUUGACUAAAACUAGCAAGUUGCCUCCAGUUCCCUCUUCAAGAACCAACACCACUAUCAAAGUGGAAAAAAAUGAUGCAAAUACAUCCACUGAUAAAGCAGCCAAAGCAUUUGUCCAGAGAACUUACAGUGGUGACGAUCAAGCGCGAGACAAGAAUGUUCCAGAAUCCAUUGAAUCUGGAAAACCUACAAGCACAAGGAUGUCCAGUAGCUCCAGUUCAGAUGAAUCUUUACCUGUCAUGAAAAACAAUCACAAUGCAUCUGUUGAUGUUGUGGAGGAAACUGUAAAAGUGAAGAUUCUCUCACCGAAGGAGGAUGCAAGAAAGGAGAUGCAUGAAAAACUAAAGAAAUUAGCAGCUGAGUCAGCCUUGUACAACACAGCUUCAAUUACCCACUCCACUGCGACAAAGGUUGAUGAUGACAUCUCUAAGGAGAGCCAAGUAUCUCCUGACAGUAGCUGGAAGCAGGAGACCAGGGCACCUUUGGAACAUGGCACAAAACAAAUCCAAAAAGAAUGUCAUCCCUUACCGAAGGACAAUGAAGAAACCACAUCAAAUUUUGUGUCGACAUUGGACUUGGAAACUGUUCCAGUAAAAAAGGAGUUGGUUGAUAAUUCUCUAAAGAGCCAGGUAGAGAGCCUGGUGAACAGGUCACCUGAUUUUGAUACAAUUGAACCUGAGACCAUAGGGAACUCUAAAAAGCAUGUGAUACUGAGAAGUGCAAGUGAAGAAUCAACAAAAUUAGCCAAGAAGGCACAUUCUGGAGAUGCAAAUAUGCAAAUAUCGUCUAUGGAAGAUCUCCAGUGUGCCGUCAAUUUGUCCCCUGUAGUGGAUAAGAAACCUCUGGCCCUCACUAAUACAUACAACAGUGAUGAUGACCUAACAAGCAAUGCGGCAGAUAGGAGUUCCAGAAAUCCAGAGGAGCACCCUUCACCUGUUGUUCUUUGUAUCGAUGAUUCGGAGAGUAACAUUGAUUUUCAGAGGAUAGAAUCAGGAAAUACUUAUGGAUUAUCCCCUGUUAUGAGGGCCUUAGUCAGAGCCAGAAAGGCUAAUGCUAAGAGCAUGGAUAACCUCAUCUCUACUCUAGACAGAGAAACAAUCACUUCCUUGGUGAAUGACAAUGAAACAAGAGGAGAUGGUAAUAUUCAAUUACCAACUGAUGACAAGCCACCUGUAAUAAAGACUCCAGUCCUGGAGCAUGCCAGGGUGAAGGAGCUGAGCAAGUCUGUUCCCAUGCUGAUGCCUGAGAGUGAAUCUGAUUCGGCCUCCGAGAUCAGCUUCAACAUUGGAUGGCACAGGAAGACACCCAGCGAUGCCAGCCAUUCUUCAGAUAUGGCAUCGGUUUCUUCGGUGAGUGGAAGCAUCAUGAGUGUUUACAGUGCUGACUUUGGAAGUAUUGAUGCCCAGGGGUCAGUUCGGUUUGCCUUGGAUUAUAAUGAGAAGAACAAGGAGUUCCAAAUCUAUGUGGGUGAAUGUAAGGACCUGGCAGUGGUGGAUGAGAAGAAGGGACGAACUGACGCGUAUGUAAAGACCUACUUGCUUCCAGAUAAGGCACGCAUGGGCAAGAGGAAAACCUCUGUCAAGAAGAGAAACACUAAUCCAAUCUACAAUGAAAUACUGAAGUAUAGAAUCGAGAAGAGUGUUCUCCUGAUCCAGAGGCUUAAUUUGUCUGUCUGGCAUAAUGACACACUGGGCCGGAAUAGUUUUCUGGGAGAGGUGGAUCUGGAGUUGGCCAGUUGGGAUUGGAGUAAUCGAGAGCUAAACUGGUAUCUUCUAAAAUCGAGGAUUCCUGCAGUGGGAGUUGGAGUCGACCACAGAGGAGAAAUAAACCUUGCCAUCAAAUACAUCCCAGUGGGCACCUUAGGCACUGGGGACCCCCCUACUGGAGAGGUGCACAUCUGGAUGAAAAAUGCCAGGGACUUGCCACAGCUGCGAUCGUCAGGAGUAGACUCGUUUGUGAAAUGCUACGUGCUCCCUGACACAAGUAAGAAGAGCUACCAGAAGACCCGGAUUGUGAAAAAAGACAUCAAUCCAGUUUAUAACCAUACUAUUGUAUAUGAUGGUUUCAGAACAGAGGAUCUUAAGGAAGUUUGUGUUGAACUGACAGUCUGGGACCAUGAAAAGCUGACCAAUCAUUUUCUGGGGGGACUCCGGCUGGGCCUUGGUACAGGAUAUAGUUAUGGAAUUCCAGUCGAAUGGAUGGACUCAACAGAAGAAGAGGUGGCUCUCUGGCAAGAAAUGAUGUCCAGCCCAAAUGAAUGGAUCCCAGGUUCCCUGAUACUUCGAUCUCGACUACGGGGCAAGAAGCUUAAAUGAAACACACCCUGUGGAAAAAUAAAGACAUUUUAGGAUCAUUGUUGCCAAAGAGUCGCUGAUUAAAUACUGAUGUUCCCCCUAGUGCAUGAAUCAAGAGGAAGGUUUCCAAUAUAUUUUCCUUCUGAUAGAACUGAACUUAUUGCUUUUGCUUACCUUGAAUUCCUUUUACAGAAUUCCGUUCAAAUGCUUAAGCAAAUAAUUCUGUUUCAAUGAUUGUGGUAUUUCAAUGUUGAUAUUUCCAUAGGUACUUUCUCAGGAACCACUUGUUUCUUGCAUUUUACCAAAUGGGUCUCUGCAUUGAAUACAAGUUUCACAUCUCAUUUAGGAAGCAUAGUAACAUGAAGCAAAGGUUAUUGGUGUGACAACUUCUUUUCUGAAGAAUUUCUCUGUGAUCCCCAUUACUAAAGGGACCCUUGGGAAUACACCAACAUCUAACCAAAGAGUGGUUACCUGUAGUUGUUUGUUUUAGAGAUACAGCACAAUAACAAGCCCUUCUGGCCUAAUGAGCCUGCACCACCCAAUUACCCCCAUGUGACCAAUUAAACUACUAAUCUGUACGUCUUUGGAAUGUGGGAGGAAACCCAUUAUGGUCACAGGGCGAACAUACAAACCCCUCAUAGACCGCAGUGGAAUUGAACUCAGAUCGCUGGCCCUGUGAAGUGUUAUGCUAGCUGCUACACUACCAUACCAGAGCCGCUACCUGUAAUACCCCAUUAAACUAAAUAAAUCGCCACCCAGAACUCAAGCGUGGGAAGUAAGUAACUGGACCACUUGGUUAUUACAUGGCUUUCACUAAAAUGGUUCCUGACUAGAGGGAAACACUGAUGGCCAGCUCUGGCAGCAGUAAGCAGUUAAUGGGAUAUUAUCAGACUGGAGAAAUAGUCAACAGAAUGAACAAAUGCAACAGUGAUCUCCAGGUAGGUACUGGACUGGAUAGAACUUUGCUGACUCAAGUGAAUCAUUAGUUUAUAAAGGAUAUUAUUUAUACUUCGUUAUAAAUUUCUACGUAGAUCUUUGCCUCCCUUUUUAAUCAGCUGUUAGUUUCUACUAAAGACCAGCUGAUUCUUGCUUUUGAAUAAAAAGGUUGGUAAACAACAGUGAGGCUGUCUCAGCAAAUUAGCGUUUGUGCAGACUCCAAACAUUGUUCUUACUUCUUUUUGAGAGAUUCUGUAAUUGUAGCUUGGAAGAAAAUAAAUGUUAAUAUGAAAAGCGCCCAUGGGAAAGGAUCGUGAUACAACAUGUUCUCAAGUCACAAUAUCCAGCUGACUGAAGUGGAUUAGGAAAAUUGUGCUUCACAUUGAGGCCCAUAAUGUUGUCGCUUUAAGUGGAGUGAAGCUGUCAGCGUGCCUUGUAUGCUGCUUCAUUAUUAAGUUCAAUUGAAGAUUUAAUUAUUUUUCCAUUCCAUUUUGGUAAGAGUCAUUCAUCCAAGUACACGAAUUUAAACACAAAGCACUUCCUUUUGAAGAGCUGCUUUAAAUGUACUGAUACUUGUUAAUUGGUGUGUGUAUAAUGUGAUUAAUUCAACACAGUGCUUGAGACUUCUCAUGGAAUUGUUUUAAACCGUAUGUUCCAAUUGAAAUGGAGCAAAUGUCAAAGUAAUUUGUCCUUUACACAAAGAAAUUUUCUCUUUCUCCCUCCUCUUCUCCCCACCCACACUAUUUUCUCCCCUAGCCAAUACUAGUUAUAUUUAGAAACUUGGCCAAGUAUUUGCCAGCCCACCGAUUAUCAAAAGAGAGCAUUUAUGCCACAAUUAGUAAGCAAUGCUGUCUCUGACAUACUAGUUGAUGGUUAAGGUAGUUAUUUAUCAACCUAUUUAUAAAUGUGCCACGUGUGUGAAAAAACAUCUGUCCCUUCCCAGAGGGGGAAAAAUCAAUUUUCUCAGCAGAGAAACCCUAGAGAAUUGAGUUGAUAUAUGCCAACACCUCAUUUGUAAUAUUGAAACGACCUGUUCAACUUGGCAUCAUUUCCGAAUGGUUUGUUGCUGCUAUUUUCUGAUGUAGUUUGCAAUUAAAUGUUUACAUGUUGUAAUAUAUUCUGUGACUGAUAGUUAGUGUCUAAUUAUUAGCAAUUACUGAUGUGAAAAGAAAGAAAAAUGGUUCGACUGGUCCUGAUCUGUCCUGAGGAUGGUUCUCAAGUGCAAAAUAAAUGCAUAUCACUGGAGUUGAGUCAACUCAGAUGGUGUGGAUAAUAUUGCUUUGAAAUUGAACUUAAAAAAUGAGAGAUAACAUUUUGGACUGUAAAAUUAUUUUAGAAUGAUGGCAUAAAAAGGAACUAGAUGUUAGUGUUUUUGUGCAUGUUGACUUUACUACAAUUCAUUCAAACUGAAUUAACUUCUGAAAAUACAAAAUCAGAAGGCUUUCCAUGCAAUAUAAAUAUUGGAAAAUGUGGAUUCAUCACUGAUACAAUAAAUCAAACUUUCUUCUU